AUGGGCAUAACUGAAGUCGCUGAUAGAAGAGCUUUGGCAGUAUUCGAGCUUGAUGAUGAGGCCUACCACUGGUGCGAGUUAAUCAAGAAUACUCGUGACGUAGCUAGUCUGUCAUGGAACCAGUUUAGGGAACUAUUCCUAAAUAAAUAUUUCGCAAAUACGGUCUACCGAGAGCAAGUCAAGGAAUUCCAAAACCUAGAACAGGGGAAUAUGACCAUGACCCAGUAUGCUGCAAAAUUUGAAGAGUUAGCCCUUUCCGCAACUAGAUAUGUAGCAAAUGAUGAAGGGAAAGGAAGGAUGUUUGAGUGGGGGUUGGACCUUACAAUCAGAGGAAAAGUUCUUCUGCCACGACUCCACUCAUAUGCCGAGGUGUUGGAAACGGUAUUAGAGCCCGAAAGGGAAGUAACCGAUGCUAGAAAGGCUUGGAACAAGCGGAGAGGGAGUCAAACAUAUAUUGGACCUCAGAGGAACCAGAAAGGAAACAUGGCCUCAAAGCCCUACUCUAGACCACAGCAACAGAUCCAGAAAGAAGGCUAUCAGACAAGGCCAGCAAGACAUCUCCAAUACUUUCAUUGCCAACAAUUGGGGCACAAAAAGAGCGAAUGCCCCCAACUCCCUCCAUCCGGAUACCAAGGAGGAGGUUCUAGGGAAAAUACCCAGGCAUUAGCUAGGCAGAAGCCUUUGACAAACAAGACAGGAUCUACCAGAAGAGUAGGGGAACUCAGAAUGCCAGAAAAGUGGGGGAACUCAGAACGCCAAGACUAG